AUGGCGGCCUCGUCAGAGAAUCUUCGCCGGAGCUUCCGAGCACAGCGGAGCCAGAGAAGCUAUGUACAGGUGGAGGAGACCGACACAUCCGAGGAGGAAGAGAACGUGGGAAGGCGCUGCUUUUGGAUGGUCCUCAACAUCGUGUCCUGUGCGCUGGUUGUUUUCAGCAUCAGUGCGACAGUGAUCUUGUCUGUGCCCCGCUACGCCGCCACCACAUCCUUGCACGGCAGCAUUGAGGUGAUCUGUUCGGCCUUCUUUGUCUUCGAGUAUGUUUUGCGGCUUUGCGCCUCAAGACGGCCCCUGGUCUAUGCAUUCUCUUGCCUCGGAGUCGUGGAUCUGGUCGUGGCAGCCGGGAGCCUUCCUACUCUCAUCAUUCGGCUUACAGAGCUGGUUCAAGGACGCGGUCACGUGCACUUUUUCCAUCCGCUCCUACCUCUUCGGAUGCUGCGGCUCUUGAAGCUGAUGUACUAUCUGCCAGAGUGCCGGCAGCUUUGCAUCGCCUUGAAAGGCGUGGCGAGGUUCAUCAUGGUUUUCCUGCUGGGGGUUCUGGUGAUUGUCUUGAUGCUGGGUAGCUGCUUGUACGUCGCCGAAGAUGGCCACGAAGGCUUCGAAUCUAUUCCUGCGGGGAUGUGGUGGGCCACGGUAACAAUCACGACCGUGGGCUACGGAGAUGCAGUCCCGCAGACUGUGUUGGGCAAGAUGUUCGCCUCAUUGUCAAUGCUGAUCGGCUAUGGCAUGCUCGCCAUCCCAACACUCCUCGGCGCCUUCAGCAUCCGUGGAUCUGAGGACCCCCGGAACAAGGCGAGGGCUUCCCCUACAGAGGAUGUCCACCUCAACGGGAAGAUUCUGUGGUCUGGUGCAGACGCACCCGAAGGCCUCGUGCCGGUGCAAAUCCGUCCGGCGGACUGCGAUGACUCUGGGUACCUGAAGCACGCCGUGGGAUUCUCGCUGUUGGAACAAGCAGUGGUUCAGUGGAGUGCCGCAGAUGCCCGGUACCUUACUUGGCCAGUGAAGGACUACUGGUUCCAUGUUCCCCGAUCUGGCAGGGAUUCAUCGCGCAGCCUAUGGGCGGAGGUAACCCGUUCCGGCGACUUGCUGUCCACUACGUCCUGUGAGUUUCGUGUUUCCUUCUAUUCCACCUUCCGAAGCAACUCCACAGAGACACCCGUAGCUCGUGGAAGCAUUCGGUAUGGACCAGAGAACUCGGAAAAAAAUGCAUUAGCAGCCCCUUCCAAUCUCAACUCAGUUCGAAAAGCGCUUCAACGAUUUGAGCAGAUUUUUAGAAGUCUUACCAAAUGUUGCCAGACAUCGGCGCCGACCUGUCUACAGGCUCAUGCAUUAUCUAGUCCUUGA